AAAAAAGGAGUUUCUUUGCUGCACGAUUUUCCCGGCAAUUUAAAAAUAAGUUAUUCCAAAUUCAAAUCAUGGUAUUGAACCGCGUAUUCCCGCUUGGCGUGUUGCGAAUACAAAGAUAACAAAAAUAUUUUAUUGUUAAAACGAAAUGGAUGGUUUUAUGAACGGUUCUGAAUUAUUUAGCCAAGAUAUUUUUAGCAAAUUCGACGAAAAUUAUAAAGUAGAGAAUGCUACAAAAUUGAAUAGUAACGUUAUGAGUCAAAAUGAAGACGGUAUAGAAGCAUCAGCUGCGAAAACUCAUGAAAAUACUCAAAAUGCUCCCAAAAUAGUGCCUAGGUUUGGUAAAAAGAAAAAAAUGGAGGCGAAGAAACCUCAAGUUUUAAAACCUAAAAAGUUUGUUCCCCCUACGAAACUAACAGAAAACCAAGCAAAAAGCAAUGUAGUCAUAGAAAAAUCUCAAAAGAUUGCACAGAAAAUUACUAACAAUUCACUAAAUUCUAAAACUAUAAAACAAACAGACAUAAAUAAAUCUAACCAAGAAGCAGAUCUAACAUAUUGUUCAAGAAAUAACCAACAUUUGUCACAAACAUCUCAAAAUAAAUUAUGCGCAGAUAUAAAUAAUUUAUAUCAGGAUUUGAUACAAGAUAACACUCAAAUCGAGCCUAUACAUGAUUAUUUCUUGCAACCAACACCUAAAAUAGUCGAAAAUUGCGAUGAAAUUAUGAAUCCGAUAAAUUACAAUGAUUUUCAAAUUGGCAAUAUCGACCAAUACUUACCAAAAUUUGAUGCGGAUACUCAAUUGAUUAAAUUAAAGAGAAAUAAGAAAUUCAAAACUGAUAUUGGAGAUAUUAUAUUCGGGUCAUUGAACGUGCUCAAUGACGAAGAAAUCAACCAAGAUUUAUCUGAUAGAUCGUCUUUAAAUUUGUCCCAAAGUCAAAAUGAGUCGUUUUGUUCUGUCAAAUCAUUAAAAAAGACUUAUAAAGAUUUGGACAUGAAGAGUUUCGAAGUUAGCUCAAAAGCUAAUCUUGCUAAAGGAAAUACUGAAGUGAUGGCUCACAAAAUACGUGAGGGAGAUGACUUUUUCAAUUUGUUUCGUAAUAACACUAUUAAGAAUAUAGGACAACCGGUGGCUAUGUCAAUUGAAACAGAUGAUAUGGGUUUUAAAGUUAAAUAUGCUGAGUAUAUGAAGAAGAAUAUGAUAGAGAAAGAGGAAUUUGGCGGUGCAAAAGAUGUCUAUUUUAGAAUUUUGCAAAUGUAUCCGGAAGAAAAUAAAAAUUUGUUUAAAAAAAUGAUGUAGUCAAAAACUGAUUUUAAUAUUGUAUGUCACAUAUAUUAUUUUUGUUUUUAUAAAUAAAUUAGUUUCUAUGUAAAACUUUUGUAUC